CUCGUUGUGCGCAUUUCAGCAUGGCGCUCACAUGUUCCCUAUCAAACGAAGUUCCAGAGCAGCCUGUGCUCUCUCCCGUCUCUCACUGUGUGUUUGAACGGCGACUCAUCGAGAAAUACAUCGCUGAGAACGGCGUAGAUCCGAUCAACGGACAGCCUUUGGCUGAAGACGAUCUUAUAGAAAUAAAAACAAGUCCUAUUGUCAGACCGAGACCUCCGUCGGCAACAAGCAUACCAGCAAUUAUCAAGUUGUUACAAGACGAGUGGGAUGCUUGCAUGUUACACAGUUUUACUCAGAGGCAGCAGUUGCAGACGGCGAAGCAAGAGUUGUCUCAUGCGUUGUAUCAACAUGAUGCAGCUUGCAGAGUCAUCGCAAGACUCACUAAAGAGGCGAAUGCUGCAAGAGAAGCUCUUGCACAGCUCAAGCCACAAGCGGGUAUUGCUCCCAUUCCAGCUGCCAUGCCAGUUUCGGUUGAUACGGUCACUCCAAUGACCGUAGACGUGUCUGAAGGAGGAGAAAUGACAGAGCACGUCAUACAGAAACUUGACGACACUGCAGCCGUAUUGACAGCAGAACGAAAGAAGCGUGGCAAAAAGGUUCCCGAAGGUCUGGCAGCUGCUGACGACAUUAGAGGAUACAAACAACAAUCGUCUCACUCUGGUCUACACAGUGUGAGCACUCCGGGCAUUCUGGGUCUCGACUUGUGUAUGUCGAACACGGAUCGCGUAGUCACGGGUGGAGCAGACAAGAACGCCAUUGUCUUUGACAGAAAAUCGGAAGAGGUUGUUGCUACAUUGAAAGGCCACACUAAGAAGGUUACGAGUGUACUGUACCAUCCACGAGAAGAUGUUGCGGUCACUGCGUCUCCUGAUGCAUCGAUCAGAGUUUGGUCUAUUCCAACGUCUUCGUGCUCUCUUAUCAUUAAGGCUCAUGAUUCAAAUGUGACUGGAAUUUCUAUCCAUGCAACUGGUGACUAUCUGCUAAGCUCAUCAACAGACCAGCAUUGGGCUUUCUCGGACAUGAAGACAGGACGAGUUCUUGCUAAAGUUGCAGAUCCUUUGUCUAGUGCUGUGACUUGCACACAAUUUCAUCCAGAUGGUCUUAUAUUUGGUACUGGCACUGCAGACAGUGUGAUAAAGAUUUGGGACUUGAAGGAGAAAGCGAAUGUGGCCAACUUUCCGGGACACACGGGACAGAUCACGUCCAUUGCUUUCUCCGAGAAUGGGUAUUAUCUUGCUACUGCUGCAGAAGACGCGCAAGUGAAACUGUGGGAUUUGCGGAAGCUAAAGAAUUUCAAGAUUAUCAGUCUUGACGAUGGCUACGAGGUGAAGUCUCUCACAUUUGAUCAGAGUGGAACAUACCUAGCGGUAGCCGGUACUGAUGUCAGAGUAUUUCUCUGCAAACAGUGGACACAGUUGGCAGACUUCACGGAGCAUUCAGGAUUGGCUACUGGCGUCAAAUUCGGCCAGAAUGCGGCAUUCAUAGCAUCCAGCAGUCUUGAUCGAUCGCUCAAAUUUUACGGACAUUAAUUUGCAUAGUAGAGAAACUAGUCACGUAGUCUUACACGCAUACGUGAUAGCGUUUCGUUCAAUAGAUGUGACCGUGUUAACAACG